AUACGCUAUAACAGUCGAAAAACGGAUUUGGAACUUCGCUUGUGACAAACGAAAGAUUACGAUCAAGAUUGCUAUGUUAAUAUUAAAAAAUUUCAAUAUGACAAGGGUAAUUGACUAUUUUAUGGUGAUUUUUAUCAUGAAUUUUUCAGGAAAUAAGAAACAGAUACGAUAAGGUAUUAGCUAAGAUAGCAUUAGAUUUGAAAACAAGUACCAAUCGAAAAAAGAAAACAAAUACAAUGUUAUAAAAUCGAUAAUCAUAAUAAGUCUCCUUAUCUGGGAGAAAGAAUCAAUGUAUAUCUUAUCAGAGUUAAUGGCUUAUUAAAUACCAGGGUUCGGAAGGUUAGAUUCAUUGCCUUGUGGGGUCUGUUAAUGAGAGUUUCGAAUUAAAUUUCACGAAAGAAUCACCGAGCAUGAUUCUAAAUACGAAAGGCAAGCUAUUAAGCAAUACAUGGCCACAAUGGAUAGCUGCAAUCGAAGUAUUCAUGUUGGCGGCAUCAACGGGCUUCAUGUUUGGCUGGGGCUCACCGUACUUGGUUCUUCUGACAAGUGACGAAUCUCCUCUGCCAAUAACCAACGUCGAAGCGUCCUGGAUAGCAGCAGUGUUAAAUUUAGCCAGAGCAUUCGGGGCAAUAAUUGGCAGCGUAUUCAUGGCACUCUACGGAAGUAAAACAACUUUAUUCAUUGCCGCAGUUCCGCCAAUAUUUGGAUGGAUCUGUGUCAUAGUGGCUAAUUCAGUGUGGUGGCUCUAUGCGGCUCGAUCAUUGUUGGGUUUAUCUAUUGGAAUGAUCUUUGCCAGUUUUCCCAUGUACCUCGGAGAGAUAUCAGAUCCUUCCAUAAGAGGAGCCUUGGUCGGAUUCAUAAUGAAUGGAUUUACGACCGGAACUGUCAUUGGAAAUAUAAUGGGCUCGUACGUAACUAUGGCAGUAUUUGCCUAUAUCAGUCUAGUCCCAAGCGUUUUGUAUCUCAUUUCUUUCAUCUUAAUACCACAGUCGCCUCAUUAUCUUGUACGAAUAUCGAAACUUGAACAAGCUAAAAAAUCCAUCGAGUGGUACCAUCCAAAUGGGAAUUCGGAGAUCGAGCUGGAGGCUAUAGUGAACUUCAUUAAGAAAUCGGACAAGCAAAGCUUUACACAGAGAUUGAAGGAGAUGAAUCAGCGAAAGAAUCGAAAAUCUUUUUUUAUGAUAAUUAUUUUAUUCUUCUACAUGCAACUCUGCGGACUGAACAGCAUUCUCUGCUACAUGGAGAUUAUUCUCAUCGAUGGCAAACUCACUGUUAUCGAGCCGUCUACUCUGGUUAUUAUUGUUAAUACUACACCAGUUUUUCUUGGAUUACUAACGAUUUACACUCUUGAUAAAUUCGGUAAAAAAAUUGCACUUUGCGUAUCCAGCAGUGGUGCAACACUCUCUAUGGGACUUCUGGGAGUGCACUUCAUGCUUUUGAAAUUAGGCUACAAUUCUGACAAUCUUCAGUGGCUUCUAAUACUAUCUAUGUUUUUGUUCCAUUCGAUACAUCUAGGAGUCGUGCAAGUGCCAAGCGCGAUACUCGGCGAAGUCUUUCCAGCGAAUCUCAAACCUGUGGCUGGUUUGAUAGCCAGCAUUUCUUCGGCACUCUUUGCAUUUGUCGCUACUAAAAUGUAUCUACCCAUUGUAGAUCUAAUAGGCCACGAAUAUUUAUUCUGGAUUUUUAGCGGUAUUAUGUUGACAUGUGUGGCGUACAGCAUUUUCAAGCUUCCUGAAACCAAAGGAAAAACACUGCAGGAAAUUCAGGAUAUGUUGUAGUUAAACGAACAAGAUCUUCCAGUACGUAGAUGGUGGAGAAACAAUGUAUUGCUAUUUCAGCAAACAGAUAAACAUUUCCCUUCAUUGUGUACUUUGGUAGCACUAUGUACCAACGGCAUUGCAAAAGGAAAAAUUAUAUAUAGAACUAUAUGGAAAAUUAUAUAUAGAGUGCUACACCCAAACCGGUGACGUCAAUGCCCAACACGUGGCGUUGAAAAAUUUUGUAACGAGACAAAUAAUGUUGACAAUAAA